CGCGGUGGGUGGUCCGCAAUGGCUUCUAAAGACGGAUCAAAAGUCACCACCCAGGGUUACCAUGCUUAUCGCAAGGCAGCUGGCGAGCUCACAGGCGCAAAGCCGCCACAAGGCAUCGAAGCAACCAUGGCGUUGACGAGCCCCAACGAUCUGAAGGUGGCUUUCGAAAUGCUUGACGUGAACAAGGAAGGUGUCUUGGGGAAGAAGCAGGCACGGGAUUUUCUACGAUGCGCUGGGUGGUGUGUACCAGACGAUGAACUAGAUGCAAUGCUGGUUGGACGUGCCAGCUCUGGUGUCAAAGCAGGAACAGCAGAGCGCACCAAAUGGAAUCAAAAAAUGUUGAUGGACCUGUUGGAGGAAAAUAAAAACCGGGAAAAUACCAGUGUUGCCUCAGUCCAGCAAGCUCUGCGGAGGCUGGCCAGCAAUCGAGCCAAGAUCAGCCGUGAGCGCAUUGUGGAAUUCAUCUCUCAAGAUCAUGACCUGUCAGAAGCAGACAUUGACCAGGUUCUUGGCGCCAUCGGAAUGGGUGGGGCCAAGCUGUUGGAUUGUGAUCAAUUGGCUGCAAAGCUCUUGGAUCGUGUUUGCAAUCCUCCCUCUGUCUUGGAGAUGCAUGAGCUUGGAUCAUGACGUGAUGAUAGCAGAGAAAUGUAGAGAAUCACAUGCUGGAUGUGCCUGAGUAUGUCCAUACCUGAUGGUAUCGAUGCCACCUGCCGAAUUAAACCUGUCUUUCACCAGCCAGUGCGCAAAAGUGCUUCGCUUAAUUGUACAUAUGGACGCCGGCAACAAUGCAAAGGACCAAAGCAACAUGGUGCGUCGUUAUGCGCGAAAA